ACAAACAUCGUAACUAUUUGAGAAGAGUAACAAUGGUGGAUAGUUGCGAGAAUCAAGCUCUUGAGAAUCUUCAGGUAAGUAUCCACAAAACUUAAAACUCAGAUCAGAAACUCUUUCAUCGUUUUUCCUCAAGUUCUUGUUUGUUUAUGCCUAAAUUUUUUUUUUAAAAAAAACAGGGGAAGUAUCAAGCAAUGGUUGUUUGUUGUAUUCUUGGAAUCGGAUCUCUCGUUUCUUGGAACAGUCUGCUCAGUGUCGGAGAUUACUACUACCAAGUUUUCCCGGAUUACCAUCCUUCAAGAGUACUCACAUUCGUAUACCAACCAUUUGCGAUUGGAACAAUCGUUAUUUUCGCAUACCAUGAAGCAAAAAUCAAUACUCGAAAACGUAACCUGAUCGGUUACAUUCUAUUCACAAUAUCCAUAUUCUUGCUCAUCAUUUUGGAUUUGAGAACAAAAGGACACGGUAGGAUCGGACCUUAUAUUGUUUUAUGUGCAAUAGUUGCUUGGUUUGGCUUCGCGGAUGCUUCUGUACGAGGAGGAAUGAUCGGAGACUUAUCGUUGAUGUGCCCUGAACUCAUCCAGUCAUUUGUAGCCGGUUUGGCUGUGGCUGGUGCUCUAACAUCAGCAUUUAGGCUAAUAACUAAAGCAGCUUUCGAGAAAACACAUGACGGUCUAAGAAAAGGAGCAAUGAUCUUUUUAGCUAUCUCUACAUUGAUAGAGUUUCUAUGUGUUCUGCUAUACGCAUAUGUGUUCCCGAAACUUCCAAUUGUUAAAUAUUACCGAAGAAAAGCGGCUUCUGAAGGAUCCAAAACUGUUUAUGCCGAUCUUGCUGCUGCUGGUAUCCAAAACCAAUCAGAUUUGGUAAGUUCAGAUUCCUCAAGAAUCUGUCCCUUAUUUUGGUUAUAUUAACAUAUUCUUUCAAAAACCUUCACCAUUUUCUGUUUCCUUUGACCU